AUGGCGGCGGUCAAGAUUCUCCCUCAGCAUCAGGCGCUCUUUGAUGCUGCCUUCCUUCAACUCUCCAGCCGCACCAACGCCUCUCCCUCCAUCCCUGUCACAACCGCAACGGCGGUAUCAUCAACCCCGGCUGCCACCGCCUCAAGCACCACCGCCACCUCACGCACCGCCACCUCGCGCACUGCAAGCACCGCCACCACUUCCGCUUCAACUUCCGCUUCCACCGCGGCCACUGCCAGCCCACCCUCGCCCGUCCUGGCUAUGCCCAAACUGGACCAGCUGCUGCAACGUCUGAAGAAUAAGCGCCGCCAAAGCCAUCGUCAGCAUGAUGCCAUGCUCGCUGCAGCCAUGGCCAUGCCUCCAGACCACUCUGCCUUUGACUUUGACCCAGAUGCUUUUCAUGGCCCUGUCACCAAGCGAAGCAAGCCCGAGCCCUUGGGUCAGCUGCCCUUUGACAUCUCCUUUCCUAUUGUAUCCAGCAGUGCGCCCAUCUCGGCUGUGCCCACCAUCCCAUCCACAGGGGCGGGCUCCAUUGCCAGGGGAGGCGCCGCCAAUGGCGCCCUUCCUUCCUCCGGCAAUCUUCCCCGCCUUCCCUCAGACACAAGUUUGCAAAUUUUUGAUUUCUCUUACGCAGCUUCUACUCGAUCGGCUGCUCCCUGA